AUGGACUGUCUUAAUUCUAGAGUUGAUAGACGUCUAAGUCAAUUAUUUGAAGUGGUUAAUAAGAACAAAAGUGAUUUUGAUGAGUUUAGAAGAUUUUUGACCACGCCAAUAAUCCAAUCUAGAGCUCUGCCAUUAGAUGGCGGGAAUUCAAACCUCAAUAGCAAUUCAGGAAAUUUAAGUUCAUCUCCCGUCGGCGGCGGAAAUGGUCAGCCACGGCAAGAUAACCUCUUUCCGCUGAUGACAAACCAACCAACUCCUCAUCGCAUGAAUCGCGGCGAGAUUCCUGCCACUACCCAAGUGGAAGGGAUACCCAAUGUGGGAGUUGGAGAAAUUCCCCCACGUGGUGAGAAUUUGGGAGUUGCACAUUCUACUCCAGUGGAACCGCCACCCAUACCCAUACCAAUGGCAAAGCCCUAUACGGUGCCUGCUCACAUGGGAGGGGGAGUAGGCUUAGGUGGGGGAGAUCAAGUUCCUCCCAGAGCAUACCCAACACCCAUGCCACCCCAUUUCAAUGGGCAUGGCAUGGACCCCAUGGGUUUCGUACCCCAAGGCGGGCAACCAGGGGGGCAUGAUCCCAACACUCUAAGGGAUCAGGUGGCUCAACUUCUUGCCGAGCAAUUUGGCAUGGGAGUGAGACCCACCAUGCCACCUGUUUAUCGAAAACCAUACCCUGAGUGGGUGGAUAGACUCUACCCAUUCCCAAGGGGGUUUAGGGUGCCCGAGUUUGCCACAUUCACUGGGACAGGGGACCAGUCUACUGUGGAGCACAUUGGACGUUUUACUGUCCAGUGUGGGGAUGUGGGAGAUUUUAUUAAGUUAAGAGUAUUUGGAAACUCAUUGACAGGACCUGCUUUUGCCUGGUAUGUCAAUUUUCCAUCCAACUCCAUCCAAACAUGGCAGCAAAUGGAGCAAAUCUUCCAUGCUCAGUUCUAUAGAUCUGAGCGUGAGGUUUCCAUGGCUGAUUUGGCACGAAUGCGCCAAGAGCCAGGGGAGUCAGUGGAGCACUUCUUGACAAACUUCAAGAAUGUUCGUAACCGUUGUUUUGUCAACUUGACAGAGAGAGAGUUUGUCAAGUUAGCACAAGGGGGGUUGAGUUUUGAGUUAAGGAAGAAAUUCCAAGAUAGAGAAUUCUCUGACUUGUUCCAACUCAUGUCUUAUUCGGUGAGAUAUGAAUCUCUUCUUCAAGAAGAGGAGAAUAGGAGGAGUGCCUCAAAGGGGCAAUACUUCCCUAACAUCGGCUACCCUGUUAACCAUAUUGGCCAAGAGGCCAAUGAGGUGGAGGUAGACCUGGCUGAGUUAACUCCAGGGAAGCCAUAUGUAUGUGCUCCUUUGGCUAAGAUGGACAAUGAACCACAAAGGGGUGGACCAAAUCGUGCCCCUAUCCAGCCACGGAGGUAUUCCUUCGAUAUCUCCAAAGCUGACUUGAUUUUUGACCAACUCUACAAAGAUGGUCAAAUCAAGUUGACAGGGGGGCAUAACAUUCCACCCCCUGAGAAGUUAAGAGGGAAAACAUAUUGUAAGUGGCAUAACAACAUGCUACACUCCACAAACUCAUGUAUGGUUUUUCGCAAUAUAUUGCAUGAUGCUAUUGAGAAGGGUCGCAUCAAGCUCCCCGAGCCAAAGAAAGAUGCCAUCAUGGUGGAUACCAACCCAUUUCCCAACGUGCUUGGUGUUAACAUGGUUAAUCCAGACUUCUCCAAGAUUGAGCUUCCUCGUUUCAAACUGGUGUUAGAUACAACACCGCAACAAGGGAUCCCCAAGGUAGUGGUUGAGCAGGGAAAGUCAUCGAGGGGCAAGCAGGUCAACUCGGCCGCGUCUAAGGUGUCUAGCGAGGUGGAGAAGCUAUGUUCCCAAUGCAAAAGGAAUCUUAGACUUGAUGAAGUGAAACCGAAUCGACCAGUCCAACAAAGAAUUGGCCCACCCCAUAGGCUGAGAUACCCAUCCUAUCAAAGACAAGUAGAGAGGGUCAUUCAACCGACAUGGGGGCAAAAAAGGCAAUGGGUGGCACAUGGCCCUCUUCCCAUGAGAAGGACUUCUAAGAUGCCCAAUGUGACACAAGGAGGGGGGCAUACAUAUGAUAUGCAUAGUCAACCAGUAGCUAUUGGAGGGAUGACAAGGACUCAAAGGAGGAGAUUCCUACAUAAGAAUGCUAAAGCACGAAAGGGGCAAUACCCAGUAGUAUCUGGUGAGAUAGUGGGGCCAUCACAACAAAAUAAGGAUGGUCAUGCUACUAUUGAGGUGGACAACUCUAUGGCCACGGGUCCCAAAGUAAUAGUGUCUGACAAGGGCACGCAUGUCCAAGUCCAAAGUGAUGGUAAGGGUCAGAAGGGGAGAAAUGGUGAAGGUGGUGAUUCAAAGCCAGCUUGUGAAGAAUCAUCUCCUUUGCACAACCAUGGACAAAUGGUGUAUGGUUGGCUGGUUUGGUUUAAUACAUUGACUUGGCAGUGGGUGUAUACCUUUGCACAUUGGUUAUUGCCAAAGGGUAUGGAGAUCAAUGAUGCUUGUAACUACUUAUUAUAUGCAAUAAAAAAAGGAAAAAAUAGUUAA